AUGACCGCUGCGGCCGAAGUGCAGGCUCUGUUGCGAUUCUUGACCAAAGAUGCCCGCAUUCCAUUGGCAGAGGCUAUGCCCAAAAUCCAGGCUCUGCGGAGACAGCAACUUAAUUCGCCCGAGAACAUCUCCAAGGCCGACGAGACUGACCUCAAAACUAUCUUUGCUGAUGAGAAGGUGCUGAAGCAGGUGAUCAAUGCGGCCAAGCGCAUUUCGAAUCCCAAGAAACGCGCAGCGGCGCAGUCGAACUCCUCAACCUUGAAGCGUGCGAGGACAGAUCAAGAUCCGCUUGAUGAUGAGAUCUCUCUCGCACUACCCCAGACAGAGAUAUCCAUUGCCGAGUUAGAGAAUAUCACGAUUGAAACGAACCGCGCUCCUCUGUUCCUGGCCUUCACCAUCGCUGUCCUUGCAUACACACUCCCCGAGCAGCCUCUUUCGAGUCGUUGGAGCUUGGCACAAGCUGUCGUGAGCGCAGGUGCGCAGAGCAAAGCAAAAUACCUUGGCUUAACAAGUGGACCAACUGCGGAAGAAGAUGGCUGGGCCCAGGGCCAACCGAAAAUCAAGAUAAUGGGACGGGAAGUGGCAGUGAUGCGAAGACACGUGGCUGCCACCGCUGAAGAUGAGACAUCUACGCCCAGCGUUGCGUUCUGGGGACUUGAUCUCGAGGCCCUCCGCAAGUCCAAUGGACCUUUGAUUGCUGGUAAGGACAUCAAGAGUUCUACCGGGCCUCCUAUACACAAACCUCUUUCACCUCGAAACUACCUUCUCAAAUCCAUGGUCGUUGUCGAGUCCAGCGCUGAAGAAUCACAAAAGAAGCCAGACUCGAAAAAGAAAACCCCGAAGGAAAUGGCAAGUAAGAGAGAGGAAGCCGCCGCUAUGACUCUUAAAGCGAUCGACACUGUUUACAAGAGUUGGGCAUCCACUUUGAGCCCGGAACAGCUUGACCAGAGAGCACAGACAUGGUACACGCGUGUCCGACCGGACGUCGAGCAGGGCCAAGCCGGCUGGGGUCAGCGAGGCCAAGUGCGCCUGGCCGACAUCCUCGCUCUGAAGAAGGGAUGA